ACUCCAGUUGAAAAAGUCAGUUGGACUUGGACCAGCAAACAUCGGUCUGAUCAGCUGCGAUCAACGGUUAUUGCCUGGCCAUUUUUCAUCUCAAUCGACAAAACUUUCAGCAAUGAGCAUUUCGUGUUAGCAUUUUUAAUUUUCCAGACAUUUAAAACCGUUUUUAAAGUUUUGUUUGGCCGUUUUUAGAUAGCUUUUCAAUUGUUAACACAAUGUCUGCUUUUGGAGUGCACGUUGACCAAGAAAAUCAGCAAUUGCAUGGCCGCGAUGGAGGCAAAGGCAUGCAAAAUGUUCAAAAACGGCCUGUUUUGGGAGUGAUUAAUACGAAUACAGCUAAGGGACAAACUAGAAGAAAUGACGGCAAAGGCGGUGCACCAGACAAAGCGCAACCGAAGAAAACAUUUACUGUGCACUGCGACAGCGAUGUGGCAGGCGACAGCAAAGCUACGCAGCGACCGGCCGCGGCAGUCGCUAAGCCUGUCGCAGCCAGCGGUCUCGUGCUGCGAGGCGGCAAGAAGCUGGACGCGGUGGCGACUAAGCCGGCUGCGGCUUCCAAGUCGGUCGCGGCUGCGGCAGCACCUAAGCCGCGUUUGGGACUGAGAGCGCAGCCUGCGGCCGCUAGCGGCGCUGCGGUUGCCGCCGCUAAGGUCGCCGAACCCGAAAAAGAGGAGAAACUGAAUCUGUCUUGUGUGGUUGCUGUGCCAAGACAACCUCUGCGGGACUUGCAGGUGGUUAGUGGACUUGCAGCCGCUCGCGAGGAAGAGCCAAUGUCCGAGGACAGCUUUGUAGACUCGCCGAUGAAUGUGGAUCGCUCACUCGUGUUGUCGCCCUGCACUCCAGUCCUGUCAACCCAACCCUCUGCUAAGCCCACUGCUGCCAAGUUGGCAAGCCUCAUUUUUGACAUCUACGAGUAUCAGCAGGAUAUAUUCGACUACAUGAAGAUUGCUGAGAUGCGUGCCAGAGCUAAGCCGUACUACAUGCGUCGCCAACCGGACAUCUCUUACUCGAUGCGCUCGACGCUGGUGGACUGGCUGGUGGAGGUGGGUGAGGAGUACAAGCUGCAGAAUGAGACCCUCUACCUGGCAGUCGGCUUCAUCGACCGCUUCCUCAGUCAGAUGUCGGUUGUCAGGGCCAAGCUGCAGCUGCUUGGCACCGCUGCUAUGUUUGUUGCCUCUAAAUACGAGGAAAUCUACCCGCCAGACGUGACAGAGUUUGUGUUCAUCACGGACGACACGUACACAACUGCUCAGGUGCUGAAGAUGGAGCAUGUCAUCCUGAAAGUGCUGGCUUUCGAUUUGUCAGUGCCCACUACACUCGCCUUCAUCAAUCACCUGGCCACUGUCUGCCAGCUGUCCGACAAGACUAAGCAUCUUGCCAUGUUCCUAUGCGAAUUGAGUCUGGUUGAGGGUGACCCAUACCUGCAGUUCAGGCAGUCGUUGCUGGCGAGCGCGGCAAUUGCGUGCGCGCGUCACUGUCUGCUGGAGGAGGAGAGGGGAGGCGAGGAGGUGUGGCCUGCUGACCUGGAGUCGGCCAGUGGCUACUCGCUCAAGCAGCUGGCGCCGUGUAUGGUCUGCCUCAAUGCCACCCACGCCAAGGCCACCACCAGUCCACAGCAGGCUGUCGUCGACAAGUAUAAGGUCAACAAAUGGCACAACGUAGCGGAAAUUCCUCACAAACAGCUCUCUGUUGAGGAGAACAAUGAAGAGGUCAUUCUAGAUCUUUAAAAAAAUUAGCCGAAUUUUUCGAACUUGCAAAUGAACUGUUGAAGUUGUGCAACCUUCUCUCGACAAUCAAACACAAUUCGUUUGACUAUUAUCAUUAUUCUUCUUCACAACAAACGUUAUUGUUGUAGACUUUUUCAUUAGUUAUCAAUAUUAUUACUUGUUCAUGGCUUGCAAGAUUUGAUUUCGCUUAGCUGUUUUUUGUUUGCAUUAAUGUGUAUAUUUUUGUUUUCAUCAGUUUUACUGUUUGCAUUUAUGCUGAAGCUGUAAUUGAGCUGCAUAAGACAACAAUAAGUACAUAAGGCCAGUACUAUUUUAAAGUAAACCGAUUAACUACUGCUCUGCUGUGACAUACGUUUUUAAAGCAGCAACAUACCUAAUUUUAAAAAUAGAUUUCAAACGACACUUUCAUUUACCGCAGACUUUAUGACGGCUUUAAGCUGAUCUGUGUUUAUGUUUUAAUAUUUUAUUGUUGAGCUAUUAGCCUAAUAUUUGUUCUAAAUUUUAUUCCAGUAUACCGAUGUUGAUAAAACUUGUUUUUCUUUUUUGGGAAAAUGAAAUAGAUAAUUUCAGCUACGUGCAUAAUGUUUAUAAAAGUAAAACUGGCUCUAUACAAGAAUUUAUUUUAAAUCUCUACAAACCUUUACAUAUUUUAAGAAUUUGAUUUACUUUCAAUCCUACAUUUACUUGAUUUUCUAUUGGAACAAUGCACAUGAAAAUAGAAUGCAACCAUACAUUUCCUUUUAUUAAUCAACUCAUUUUUUCUCAUUGAAAUGUUCCCAGUGAUUCUGCUAUUCAAAAUAUUGUUGAAAAAGAGUUAUUGUUACGAUAUAACGUUAUUGUAAUAAAACAGCUUUUCCAUUUUACAAUAAAACAUGUAAGCGCGCAAUAAAACUAAAUUUUGUAAAAAACCUUACUAAAUUUUUAUUCAGUGACAAUAUUUAUGUAAAUAAAACGUGUAUUUUUGUAAUAUGGCUCAAUGAUGCCUGUGAUAGAAAUGGAAUUUGUGAUGUAAUCAAUAAUACUGACAUUUGAAAGCAUUAAAAUUUACUCCAAGCCAGGAAGUAGAAUAUUUUUAUACUAUAACAUUGUGUUUUAAAAUUAAAAAUAACACUUUUUUCUGUCGACUGACUCGCUUACAUUGAAAUGUAAUACUAUUCAUUAAUAAUUUAAAUGUUCAUUCGUUGUAAUUUUUUGUAUUUUGAAACUCAGGGUAAUAGUAUUAAGAAAUACACGAAAAACAUUGUCAAUAAAUUGUAAUGUUUGAACUCAAUAAAGAUAUUUUAGUAAAUU